AUGGAUGCUUUACAAUCAUCUACAAAUCACUCCUUGCAGGCUGAGCUGCGAGAACGUACUGAGCACUAUAACCAGCUCUGGCUUGGUUGCCAAAGACAGCUUCAGCAUGAGCUUGGCAAUGUAAAACAAGGAGGUGGAACGGUGCCUCCCAGAUUAUCAACAAACAACCAAAUCAAGCCUCGGGGCCUUUCACCUCAAGUUUCACAAUCAGUGUUACUCCCUCCAGCAAAGGGUGUGAGAUUAAAGAAGGCUGUACCAGCUAGUUCAGAGAUGCCUAAGCAGAAUCAUGUGCAUCUAUCUCAAGGUGUGUAUAGCUUGGAGGUUAAUGGUCAGGUUUCACCUGGUGAACCAAAUGGUAUUGGAUCCAUUACUCUAGUCUCAUCUGGUAAAACUGAGAGGAACUUGGAGAGUGCUCUUCUAGAUGAAAGGUCGCUUUUGGCUUGCAUCGUUCGCACUAUACCAGCUGGUGGAAGAAUCAGAAUCAGUUCAACGCUUCCCAAUCGUUUGGGCAAAAUGCUAGCUCCUCUACACUGGCAUGAUUACAGGAAGAAGUACGGGAAGCUGGAAGAUUUUGUUGCUAGCCAUCUCGAGUUAUUCAUGAUAGAGGACGACUACAUUCAAGUGAGGGAAGGUGCGCAGAAAAUGGUAGCAGGUUCAGCUUCAGCAGCAGCAGGCAAAGUCGCAGUUUCAUCAUCUCCAAGCUCCAUGUAUGUGGCUAUGACUCCUAUGGCUCAAUCUCAGGGGUUAAAGAAGAAUGUCCAAAGAGGAAGACAGAGCUCUGAUUACAUGGCGCCGCAACAGAGGAAGCUCUGAAGUGAAUGCAGCAUGUAAGAGCAAGGCGUGACAUUCUCCUGAUUAUAUACAACAA